AUGGCUUUCCAUAUUGUCUGUUACAGUAUUACUGCAGUCCAACAACUUCUUGCUGCUGGUGUUAGUGCAAAUGUUCGAGAUGGUGCUAAGAGUUUAAAUACCCCUUUACACUGGGCUGCUUCGUAUGCUAACAUUGAAAUGUUAAAAUUUUUAUUAGACAAUAAAGCAUCCGUGAAUGUCAGCAAUUCUGAUGGUGCCACCCCACUGCAUGACGCUGUACAGAGAGGUGAUGUAGACAUUGUAGACAUACUGGUGAAGAAUAAAGCCAAUUGUCAUGCUAAAGCUAAUAAAGGUACGUUUGCUGGUAAAACUCCACUGGAUUGUGCCAUUGACAAAAAAGAAAUCUACCAGAUAUUAUCCUCAGUGCCAGUCGUUUUAAAUAACCUGCCUAAUGGUUUGACAAAUGGAAAUGAUUCAACAGAAUAUGACAGUGAUGAUGUUCUCCUGUAUACUGCUAAUACAGUUGAAGACAUUUCAACAAAACCUGACUCGAGAAUACUUGACAGCCCUGUUCCUUCCUAUAGCAGCGAAGUAAUUGGGACCCCUUCAGAAACUCCCUUGACUGUGUCAACAGAUAAUGUCAUUGAUAAGCUGAAUGAAAUGUUGUCCAGUUCAAAUUUGCGACAGUCAGCGCCAUCUCUGGUUACGGACGCAAGAUUGCACCUUUUGUGGCCACAGCCACAGAGAAUAGUACAGAGACAAGGACCACCAUUUCAUCCACAACAAUUGCUAAAUAUCCAUAUAGGUAGUGGACCUGACAAAGGACCUUCACUAUGUAAAUUACUGUUAUUAUCUAAUUUCCUCAUCGGCGACAACGUCGGCGGCUUAUCACUACAGACCAAAUACGCAUUACUAGGCAUUCAGAAUCACCAUACUGUGCUGCUGUGUGCAAAUAUAUUUCAUGAACGAGAAGAUAUUCUACCUCAGUUUCCUCUAGGCACAGUUUUAAUGGAGUGCGGAUACAAGGCUGACUAUGAUUUUGAAAAGUUUGGGAAGGUGUUAUCAGAAAAUGGUGAAUUAUUAGAUUUAGAUACUUACUGUCAAAGGCGGUAUAUCACAGUUGUACCAUACAUUGACGUACAAGAAGACGGAGCAUUAAAGCCGGUACAGAUGACUAUCAUACAACAUAUCAUUUCACAAUUUCCAUCAUCCGAUAUUGGUGGAUGCCCCGAAGCUUCUGUCCGGAAUAUCUUUAAUUCCAUUAUGUGUGCACAGUCCCAUGGUGCAUUGGGCUUAGUACUUACUGAUUGGGCAGGCAUUGGUUGUUUGAAUCAUCAACCAUUUAGCUGGCCGGGAUAUAUUACGGCGGCUGGAUUAUCAUGGAAUCAUGCAUCUCGUUUGGAUUUCAUCCAUUCUAACUUACCAGAUUUAAUAAAUAAGCAUGUGUACAUGGAUCACAGCUCAGUGAUUGGCCAAGUCAUCAUAGAAGUUGGACGAGCGGAAACUUACCUUAUAAGAGCAUCAAAAGGUUACACUGGCACAGAGUGUGGCAACUUACCACCAGACGAGGGCUCUCUACUCUACCAAAUUUUAACAUCGGCGGAUGAUGUCAGUAUUGAAAAAUUGACACCAGAAAGCAUACAGAAAGCGCUUCUCCAUGCAAGGCGGUGUCAGAAUGUGCUAAGUAAGGCAGUCAAAACGACACACAAUAGUCUACUGUUAUCAGAACUACAAGUCACCACAGAUCUGUUGCUACUUACCUCAAAAGUUGGUAAAGCAUUGGUCUUAUCGGGUCUCAAUCCCAAUAAAUCAGGUGCCGGAUAUCCAGUUAUCAAUGUCGGUCUUUCCAAUCUAUCAGCGACUUCACGUACAGAUAUAGCAAACAAAUUGCUGGGCAUCUCCGAACAGUACAGACAAACAUGGUUAGGGAGUAAUCUGCCAAAUGGACUGAAGGAAUCACUGAUGAUGCUUCACAGAACACUGAAACAACUCAUACCAGAAAGCAAGAAGGAUUGGGAAUAUUGA